AACAGGCUGUUACAAAUACAUUUUUUCAAAAGAAAAUAUAUUCUUUUAUUGUUUUUUAAAUACCAUAAUUAAUAUAAUUAAUUUAAAAUAAUAAAAUACUUAAAAUAUUAUUAAUAAAUUGGAUAGAGGCCAUUAAUGCCUGUAGGAGAACCUGUUUAUAGUAACAAAAAGAGGGAUUUUUCAGUAGUAAAAAAUAAACAAAUGGACUCUUUGCAAUAGAAGGGGGGGAAACUGCUAAAAAAAAAUUUUUUUUUAGUUAAUGCUAAUUCAAACAUUUUUAGUAUAUAAUAUAAAUUUAAUUUGUAGUUUCUCCCAUUUUAUUAAAUAUGUUAUUUUAUAGAGAAAAUGAAGUACAUGACCCAAAAAAAGCUUUAUGUUACACAAAAGCCAAAAAUUCUCAGAGAUCACGUUUUUGUGAUGUUUAUAUAAUGAAAGAGUGUUUAUUUCUGUUAGAUUAUAGAUGCGUUACAAUUUCUAAAUGGCAAGCGUGAUACCAGGAGGUCUAAAACAAGGGAUGCCUUUUGGCAGCCCUUCUAAAGAUCUUUUUCGUUUAGCUAGCAUUGAUUAUAAGCCACUACUAGAGGUGACACCUACUUAUGUCGCGGAUAUACUUAGCAGGUCAACGAAUGCAUUAUCAAGCAUAAAUUUUACACAUUCUAUUAUUGAUAAACCACAAGGAGGGCAAAUAUUUCUCAUAUCUCUGUCUCCAAACGCGGAAGUUCCAUCAGAUGGUUACUUUUAUCCAGAUCCUGAAGUAACUCACAAAAUGCCAUUACCGGAUGGAAGGGAAUUGCUUUGUAUGGAGAGACAAGGUUUUUCGCCAAGUGAUCAAGUAACGAGUAAAAUUAGAAGAAGAUAUCGGUUCGCAAACGAUCACCAAGAUCUUCAAUUGUUACAUUAUUCUUUAUCUGAGAGACGUCAGCAACAGAUUGUUCCGCCAUUUACAAGACAACAUCCAACUCCAAACAGAUACACUAUGACACCAAUGGCACCCAUGCAAGCAAGCAUGAGUCCUUACGGGCGACCACCAAAUGCUAUUUCACCUAUGACAAUCCAGUCGCCUGGUCCUUCAUCAAUGCAUACACCGCCUUCUGCUUUGGGUCGUGGCCCUGUAGCGGGUACUCCUUCACCGAUGAGUAACUCUUACGUUCAAUUUCAGACUCGCGUUACAGGAGGCCAACGUGGACCACAGCCAGGAAUGCCACAAACUCCAACAAAAUCGGCUGGAAGACGCACAAAAAAUGCUAAGAAUAAAGCCGCCGCCGCCGCCGCCGCUGCUGCUGCCACUGCCGAAGAAGCUGAUGAACCCUCAGGCGACGAAAUCGACAAUCUGAAAUUUAGAGAGGUUGCGAUGUCAAGAUACAAAAGGAAUCACGAAUAUAUCUCUGAUAUUUUUUCUGCGUAUAGCGUUAGUUCUAUAAUACCACCUAAUUCAGUUUAUCAAGAAAAGAAUAUCGAUGAAUUAAAACAACAAUUGGCUACACAUCAGGCAGACAUCGACAAACUGAAGAAUGAACAUUCCGAAAAGAUUGAGGUAUUUAAACGACAAUCUAAUAUUUUAUCUAAAAGUAUGACCGAUCUUAGCAAAUGCAACACCGUUGAGGUAAGAUAACAAAUAGUGAAUUUUAUAUCUUCGCUUAAUUUCAUGUAUAAUAAAUUAAUGUUUUUUAAUGGAAAGGAAUUAUCGAAAUUACAAGAACGAACAGAAAAGGAGUUAGAUAUCUUAAUCAAACCUCUUAACCCAGUUGCAUUAAUACAAAUUCGAGAUGGACCAGAAUCAGAUGUGGAAGUUGAGAGUCAUAAUGAUUUGAUGCAAGAAGAUGCAAUAAGUGAAGAACUAUUAAUGGAAAGAAAUUCUGAACAUGAAGGGUUAGUCGAACUUGAUCAAGGACUUUCAACUUAU